GGGCCGACUUGACCACCGACCGAGUAUGCUCGGCAGAUGGGGCGACUUCGACAGCGAUGUUCUUCUAAAUGCCAACUUGUCUCAAGAAGAUCAUGCAUAUCUCGACGCAGGCGGCGGCAGCUCCGAGUCCAUGCAGCAGCUCGCACGUCGACACACUGCUGACAAUUCGAAGCAAAACUUGUCGUCCACGAUGGAUCGCCCAGUGAGGACUGCCGCGACGUCAACAGCCCUUGCACCGCCGCCCUUGUCGCGUCAAACAUAUCGCCAUGUCAAUGCAAAGUGCGCGAUGUUUUCGUGGAUGCUCGAGAGCGAUUCGCUGCGACACACGGUCUUCGACGCGCUGGCACCAGUGUGGGUCGCCGCCAAGAUUGCCGCCGGACACACCACCAUCAUCUCUCCACACGUGCUUGAUCUCGUUGCCCAACGGCUGGCCAAGCGAUUUCCUGGAACGGCCCUGCCGUCUCACGGCGUGCUCAAGGACCGACAGAUGCAUGCUGAUUCGUUCUGCACGAUUCUGGCACAUAUGAUCACGCCUGUGGUCACCAACACAACCAUUCCAGAAUGUCUCUUUGCUGUGCGAAGUAUUGUUGAGGCAAUCGUGUGCCACGACGUCCGCGGCGACGCAUCCGUUCAAUUUCGUCCGAUCGAAGCCAUAGAGCCCAUCCAAGCAGUAUCUAGGACGCUGCCACCUCUAUCAAGAUCCUCGAACGUGUCUGCGAUCUACAUGGAGCCUGCAGUGAACCAAUCGUUGACUCUGGAUAUUCCAGCGGCACUACAAUUGCCUUCGUCUUUGGGCUCUUCACGGCUCGUUCCAGGAAGCAGUGGCGCCGCCCCCGACAUGGCAGCUGAAGCACGACUGGUGCAAGAAGAUCAACUCAAGCAAAAGCUACGAUUGCGCAAAUACUGGAGCUCGCAGGCUUGCGAGACAGCUGCUCACAUUCUCCCCGAGGAAAUUCCAUUGUUUCAGCGAGAAGACAUGCGAUCAAGAGCCAAAUCUCGCGAGCAAUCGCGUUAUCACGAUGAAGCGACUCCCAUGCAAGUUGAUACCCGACCCCCCACCAGAACAAGUUGCGACUCGACCUCAGACAUUGCGACCUCUCGCCCACCAACACGCCUCCACAGCGCGCGCCUCCAAGACCCAUUUCCUGUCCCAAACAAUGAUAUCACUCAGCAAGAAGGCACGAACGAGAGCUCGAUGGCACUGGUGUGCACGCAGUGCGAUAUCAAUGAAGCGACGCUGUGGUGCUCGCAAUGCUAUACGAUAACUUGUGUUCGAUGCUGGUCUGCUAGUCACAGCACCCCCGUUCCAACGAUCCACGUAUCGCUUCAACAAACCGACCCGCUCCGAAGCUGCGUUCUCACGCAAUCGUUGACCAGCUUGCAUCAAGGACCACCGCUUCCUUUGCUACGGACGCCUCCAACACAUACGACCCACGCGAAUGCAUUGCGUCGACGUCAAAAAGGAAGCAGAUUGCACUUGACUCAGCCACAAGAAGACUCUCACACCAGGGAAGCAACAUUCCACGUUGCCAACAGCUUACCGCUUCGUGUGAUGUCGAUGCCGUCGCUGCCAGGGCCUUUGCCUGAUGCUGCUCGCACCACUGCAACUGAAAUCAUUUCAACCAAGGAUCCGGCAAACACACCGGCAGAUAUCAACCCCACCAUGACCAAACCCUCCAAUCUUGUCACAAAGCGAAGGCAGGUCCUGCGCCAUGCGUCCGUCGAUAUAAACGCAAUGUUUCUUGAAAAAGUCACCAACAGCGACCUUACGAUUCCGUAGUCAAGAUGCCUACAACGAUCACGACGACGAUCCGUGGAUUCGAAACACGACGUAGUACAUGGGCGAAGGACCAGUGACCGGCACGAUGGCAUGCAGCACCUGCUGACUUUGAAGCAUCACUAGACGAUCAGAGACAGACGGCACAGUGGCUUCAUGGUUGGCUCUCGUGUGCACUUGAAUGGCCCCGCUUCCAUCGCGUCCUUCCUCCGGUCCAUUGACGCAGUAGAUGCAAGUGAUCCUGUACCCAUUGUCGUGCUGGACGUCCGUACCGCAAUCCAGUCGCAUCGACUGGCCUUCGCCCGUGCGGAACGCCAGUAACGUCGUGGAAUAUGUGGACUCAGCGCACAGACUCAGUUGGUUGGGCAAGUGCCGUCGUUUGUGGUUGAUUUCGUGCGGCAAUGCGUGCAAUUUUUCAACGAGCUCCGCGAGAGCGGGAAAAUUGUCGGCCAAUUCGGUUGGCAUGCUGGACACGUCGAGGAAACGAACGAGGCACAUGUCUCCUUGCACAAGCUGUCCUUGCUUGUGCAUGCGCAGGACGUCUGACCGCACCAGUGGCACAAAGUCCGCGCCAAGGAAGUCGUCUUGAACGCCGUAGAACUGCGCAUCGGGGGAGUUUGCAUCCAACAACGACGCCAGCGUCGCAUCGUGUAACUGGUCCCACGACGCACAUUCGGCGUCCGGGUCCGCGAUGCGCGAAGUGUCUCGUGCCAACAUUGCAUGCUUUUUUGUCGCGACUCGCUGCAGCAUUGCAAGGACUUCCCUUCCAAAUGCUUCGCGCAGAACCUACAGCAGCCUCGCGCGUCACGAAGCACGAGAUAUGAACCCACACAACUCAAGUGAAUACGGUUGAAAGCUUCUUGGUGAAAUGGCAAACCUACUUGCGGGCGAAGAAUGGCUUCCGUUGUGGCAUCCAUGACGUCACCGACUAUCGCGCCCUUGCGCUUGACAUUGUCGAGGACAGAGUUGGCUUUGGCUUGAAUUUUCGGCAUGAGGACGACCAUCUCCUGCUCAUACCAUGGAUCUUCGAGUAGUUGCUUGAGUGUUCGAGGCAUGUGGUUUGUGCGGAUGUCGUCAGCGGUCAUGCCAGGGUACAUUACCCGGCAAAACUCCUUUUCGUUGGAGAGUUUGGCAAAUACGCCAUGGAGGCAGUCUUGGUUGGUGGUCUCCAGCCCUGACAUGAGGCGCCGCCAGAGCAAUUGCGAUGCUUUCGACUCGGACGUGUCAGGAAUCACGGAGGCUUUGUCUGCGUACACGGCACCAAGCGGCGCUUGCAACGUCGGUUGGUGUUGUGCUCUGCGCAUUGCUUGGAGAAUGCACUGUUUCCUGCUCAGACCUUUGUCCCAUGUCGGUUCCAGUUCCAACGCAAUGUUGAUCUCAUUCAAUGCGUCACGAUAUCGCUUGAGCUGAAACAGGCACGUGGCCCGAUUGCCGUGCAAGAAGUGCCGUUGAUCGCACGGUGCGACGACGACCGCGGCUGCGUACUUGUCCAGGGCAUUCGGAUAGUCCUUCUUCUGAAAGCAUGCAUUGCCUUCCGCUUUGAGCUCUUCCCACGUCACGCCAGGCUGCCUUUGGUUUUGGAUGUCAAACGACCCGUCUGGCGAGAUGUCCACGACGUCCGGUGCGGCGGCGCUUCCUCCUCGAUCUAACAUUUUCGAAAUCCCGACGAAUUUUCCACUUGUUCUAGACCAGUUCCCUCCACAACAAAUACUUCCAUGGACGUAUUACAUUAAAGAGGUCGAAACAAGUCGACGUCGACGUCGAGGUUCAACUUGGCGGCGAAUGCACGGAGUGACGCGAUCAAGGCGGCGGACGGCUCGACGAGUCGCCUGGCUGCUUG